CCAAGUGAUCUGAAACAUAUACAAGAUGACGACCUAUGAGGAGUUUAUACAACAAAACGAAGAUCGUGACGGUGUUCGUCUGACGUGGAACGUUUGGCCAUCUAGCCGUAUAGAUGCCAGCCGUUUGGUUGUUCCCUUGGCAUGUUUGUAUCAACCACUGAAAGAACGUCCCGACUUGCCACCCAUUCAAUAUGAACCAGUGCUGUGCACUCGUGCCAAUUGUAGAGCCAUUUUGAAUCCAUUGUGUCAAGUGGAUUAUCGGGCCAAGUUGUGGGUUUGCAAUUUCUGUUUCCAAAGAAAUCCGUUCCCACCCCAAUAUGCCGCCAUAUCUGAGCAACAUCAACCAGCCGAAUUAAUUCCUGGCUUUAGCACCAUCGAAUAUACCAUUACAAGGGCACCAUGUAUGCCACCAGUUUUCUUGUUUUUGGUUGAUACCUGUAUGGAUGAAGAGGAGUUGGAUGCCUUGAAGGAUUCGCUACAAAUGUCGCUGAGCUUGUUACCCCCUAAUGCCUUGGUGGGUCUCAUUACUUUUGGUAAAAUGAUACAAGUGCAUGAGCUUGGAGCUGAGGGUUGCUCGAAGAGUUAUGUAUUCCGCGGUACCAAGGAUUUAACUGCGAAACAGGUUCAAGAAAUGUUGGGAAUUGGUCGCGCGGCAGCAGGAGGUGCCCCUGGUGGUGCCCCUGUUGGCCCUGGCGGCCAGCCAAUGCCAGGUCAGCAACAACGUAUGCCUGGUGCUCCCGGCCAACAUGCCGCCGUACCACCAGCCAAUCGCUUCUUGCAGCCUAUUUCGAAGUGUGACAUUGCCCUUGGCGAUUUGUUGAGUGAACUGCAACGUGAUCCUUGGCCAGUGCCUCAGGGCAAGCGCUAUCUUCGUUCAACCGGAGCUGCCUUGGCCAUAGCUGUGGGCUUGCUGGAAUGUACCUAUCCAAAUACUGGAGCCCGCAUUAUGGCCUUUGUUGGUGGACCUUGCUCUCAGGGCCCCGGCCAGGUGGUCGAUGAUGAAUUGAAACAUCCCAUUCGUUCACAUCACGACAUUCACAAGGACAAUGUUAAAUUCAUGAAAAAAGCCAUCAAACACUACGAUGUGUUGGCUCUUCGUGCAGCCACGAAUGGCCACUGUAUUGAUAUUUAUUCGUGUGCUUUGGAUCAAACUGGUCUAAUGGAAAUGAAACAAUGCUGCAAUUCUACCGGUGGUCAUAUGGUUAUGGGUGAUUCAUUCAAUUCGUCAUUGUUCAAGCAAACGUUCCAGCGGGUCUUUGCCCGGGAUGCACGAUCCGAUUUGAAAAUGGCAUUCAAUGGUACACUGGAGGUGAAAUGUUCACGUGAAUUGAAAAUAUCUGGUGGUAUUGGUUCGUGUGUGUCAUUGAAUGUGAAGAGCCCAUCGGUGUCGGAUGUUGAAAUUGGUAUGGGUCAGACGGUACAAUGGAAAUUGUGUACGUUAAAUCCAAGCUCAACAAUGGCAUUCUUCUUUGAGGUGGUUAAUCAGCAUGCAGCACCAAUACCACAGGGCGGACGUGGCUGUAUACAAUUUAUAACACAAUAUCAACAUCCCAGCGGCCAGAGGCGUAUACGUGUAACGACAUUGGCUAGAAACUGGGCCGAUGCCACCUCGAAUAUCCAUCACAUAAGUGCAGGUUUUGAUCAAGAAGCCGCUGCUGUCAUAAUGGCACGUAUGGUGGUAUAUCGUGCUGAAACCGAUGAAGGUCCUGAUAUUUUAAGAUGGGUUGACAGGCAGCUCAUUCGUUUGUGCCAAAAAUUCGGUGAAUAUAGCAAGGAUGAUCCCAACAGUUUCCGUUUGGCACAAAACUUCUCUCUAUUCCCACAAUUUAUGUAUCACUUGCGUCGUUCACAAUUCUUACAAGUUUUCAAUAAUUCACCCGAUGAGACCACAUUCUAUAGACACAUGCUAAUGCGUGAAGAUUUAACACAAUCAUUGAUUAUGAUACAACCAAUCUUGUAUUCGUAUUCCUUUAAUGGACCACCCGAACCUGUACUACUUGAUACAUCUUCGAUUCAACCAGAUCGUAUAUUAUUGAUGGAUACAUUCUUCCAAAUUUUGAUAUAUCAUGGUGAAACCAUUGCCCAGUGGCGUGCUCUUAAAUAUCAAGAUAUGCCAGAAUAUGAGAAUUUCAAACAGCUGUUGCAGGCACCAGUUGAUGAUGCCCAGGAGAUAUUGCAAACACGUUUCCCAAUGCCACGUUAUAUUGACACCGAGCAUGGUGGCUCUCAGGCUCGUUUCUUGCUGUCGAAAGUCAAUCCCUCACAGACACAUAAUAAUAUGUAUGCCUAUGGCCAGCCGACAAUUGGCCAAUCAAUGGAUGGCGGUGCUCCCGUACUCACAGACGACGUAUCUCUACAGCUGUUCAUGGAGCAUUUGAAGAAAUUGGCUGUCUCUUCGACAACAUGAAUUUCUUUGAAAUACAGCUACAACUGGUGGUGUCAUCGUUUUAUGACAAGUCUACGCAAUAUUUUAGCAUUUGCUACAACUAAGAUUAGACGGUAUUUAUCAUGGCUAUAAUAGUGAAGAAAUAAUUUACGAGAUUUUCUGGCG